CAAGAUCCUGUGCUGUGUAGUCGCGCACUUGUUUGUUUCAGAUGACACGAUGUGUUGAUGAGCUGUGCUUGUGUAGGGCUGCGACACAUUUGAAUUGCUGUUGAGUAGUAUCAUGCCGACGGUAGCAGAGAAUGGGAAAGGAGAACACGAAGAGGAAUCGAUGGACCAGGACGAUGUUGAAAGCAGCAAAAGCUCGGAGGAAGAAACAGCGUCGGGUUCAGGAAUGGAAGGUGAAGAAGAAUGCGAGGAGGAUGGUGAUGAAUCAACUGAAAUGGAUGAAGAUGAAUGUGACAAGAAACGAGCAGAAUAUUUGGAUGAUCUUGCAGAAUUGGACAGACAGUUUAUAGAACUCAAAGACCAACUUUUCAAUGAGCGGGUAGCCCAGAUUGAAGCAAAACUUGCUGAGGUGCGGACUGGGACAGCCCAGGAAUAUCUGAUACCAUUGGGCAUUUUAGAACAAAAUAUGCACCAUCGCUUUGAAGUGGCAGAAAUCCUUCGUGGCUAUCGUAGGGAAGCAAUCAAGAGAAAGUUUGAGAGUGAGGAAUUAGCAGCUUAUCAGCAUAUGCAGAGUGAGAAAAUUCUUCUGUUUGACUCAUUAAAACAAGAACUGCAAGAUAAGAUCCGGCGACUGGAAGAAGACAGAAACAACAUUGAUAUCUAUUCUGAUCUAGCUGAGUCACAGAGUCUGAAAAAAAGGAAAAGACAUGAUCCUCUCAGUCCAGAUCGUAGGAAGAAGCCUGUGACUGUCACUGGCCCAUACAUUGUCUACAUGUUGCAAGAAGAAGAAGUUAUUGAGGACUGGACAACGAUCAAAAAGGUAUUAAAGGCAAUCAAGCAGCAAAUGCAGAGGCGGAAAUCAGAAUUGUGACAUAUGGUAGACUCACUCCAGCGAAAGACUUUUCUAAAGGCAGCACUUGGCUUUGGGCAUGACAUGCAGUCAUGACUUCAUUUUGUACAGAGUUCUUUUCAUGUUUGUAUUUUAAACCAUUGUGAAAGGGUAGAAAAUUUGGUCGUAAACAGAAAAGAGUAAUUAAAGGGGAGACAUUGAAAAAACAAAUUAACUUAACGAGUCAGCCAAGCUUCAUUUUAAUAACCUAAGUCACAGUUAUUAAAGUUAGUAAAGUAUGUGUGGGUUUAUUGGGAAUGUAAUUAAUCCUUCUUAAAGAUCAUCAUCAGUUUAUAUGCUUGAAAAAUGCCUAUUUAAAGUGGCUGUGAAUGGACAGUGGAUGUGAAUUUAUCAGUAACAUGCUUGUAGGAUCAUAAAGAGGUAUGUGUGCAACAUCACCCGUGAACCUGCGAGUUUAUCAUUUUGAACAAAUUCACAAAGGUGCUCCAGAGUUUAUCUUGUAGUUGGUUUAACAAGUCAUGCCAGUGAUUUGUUCCAUUUUCAUUUUUUAAAAUAUUUUUGUGAUUGUGUGACCAUAGUGUAUGCUGUUGUUCAAAUAUCAGUCAGGUUUGAGCCAUCUGCCAUCUUGCUCAAGAGUAUUUUCUAAAGUGGCGGGCAUAUGAGAAACCAAAAACAAGAAACAGCCAUGUUUUUCCUGUUUGCCAUGUGUCCUACAUUGCAGACUUUCCCCAACCAGUUAAGCAAAGCUGUUUGGCUUUUGUUAGCAGCCUGUUUGCCAUUUAAGAACCCAUUCUAAAAGUUUUAUGUUGGUUUUCCAGUUUUUCGACAUGGCUUCCAUGGCUGCUUGCCAACCUGAUUGAACAUUAAACCAUUCACUUCCAUGGAUUGAAGCAUACGUGGUGAAAGGGAUAAGUGUAUCUGCUAAGAUUCCAAAGCAGACGGUUCAAAUUCUUUUUUUUUUUAAACAGCUGUAACUUAACUCGGCCAAUAAUACUUCACCAUGAUUUGACUGUAAAUUUGCAGUCAAAAAAUAUUUUUCAAACAUUCGUGCAGCCAGCAGUCUAAUUAGAUAUAACUGUUGCAAUGACAGAUGUUAACUGUCCUUCAAAAGUUUUGUAUCUAGAAUAGUGCAAUUAGUACUAGAAUUAUGGUAUGAUUUAAUUGCUCCUUAGCUUUCAAAGGCAACCAUAACAGAAGAUAAAUCGAGAACCCGCAGAAUGGAAGUUAUAAGUGUUGAAAACAAAUAUGCAUCAGAUAUUUGCUUUAUUUCAUUGCUUUAAUUUAUGCACAUACACAAAAACUAACAUGAGCAGAUCAAAUGAACUCUGUCAUGAGCUAGUGUCGUGCACAAAGUUUUUGAAACAGUGUCCUUGAAUGUUUGCUGUUAGCAGUCCCAAAGACUGGUUUGUAAAGCAGUUGGCAAGCUGCUGUUUUUUGUAAAAACAGGUUUGCCAACCUGUUUUUGGUUUCUUGCGAAGUCUUCUAUAUGCGAAACACAUGAUCAGCUGAUAGUUCAGAGGCCAUUUCAGAUCAUCCCUCCCCCUGAAAAAAAAGGUUACUGUACUGAAAAAUGCAGGAAUAUUUGAGGUGGACCAACAUAAAGCUAGACAAUCUUAUUUUGAGUGAUACUUAAAACAAAACAAAAAUGUAAUUUUGCUAAAAUUGGUUGAAGUAUUUUCUGCAGUUGCUGGUUUUCACUAGUCUCAGCAUAGAGAAAAUUGUGUAUAUGUUCAUGUGAGAGGGGAAAGGGGGCGGGGAGAUUAAAUAUUUUUUCAGUUCUGCAGACUAGCUUUGUGUUUGAUAAUUCAUGUCAUAUUUUUCAAAUAUGUUUUUGAGCCUAAAAGAUGGGAUAUUGCAAUACCAAUAUUAAUGCACAUAAGACUCUCAAAACACAAUUUUCAGUAGCUCUGCCUGUUGGAAGUAGCAUGAAAUACAGAUUUUGUAUGCAGAUUCAUAGGUUUUAGAGAUGGAUGUUGUACUUGUGUGACUUUACAGAUUUCUUCUGUUAUACAUUUGCUAAUGAUGACCAGUCCCGUCCUGCGUGUUCAAGAUGCUUAAACAUUUCUUUUAGACUGGGACUUCUCCAUAGCACUGCUAAAGAUUUGCAUUACUGUUGCACAGGGUUUGACUUAAAGGUGGGACUGAAUACUGAUUUUGACUGUUUUACAGAAUUCCUGGUGAGGCAUUCUUUAAGAGUAGUACUGAAGGUAAUUUAAAUGUAAGAUUCAUUCCCAAAGUUAUGGCAUUUGUCCAGUUAAAAUUGUACAAACUGCCUUUAAACAGAUACAUCUUUACAGCUAUACAUGCAUACAAACUAUGAAAUCAAUUUUUUUUUAGUUUUAACCACUUCAGGUGGUUUUUAUUGUUAUAUUUUAAGACAUUAAAUUUUUUUUACUGCAGUAUUGAUCUUUCCUUUAGUAAAGUGCUAGUUAUAUCACUUUUAAGUGUUAGAAAAGGGGCUUGGGAACAAUUUACUGCAAGUAUAGUUAAAUGUACAUAAGUGUUUCUUUUUUUAAAUCCAAAGCAGCACACACUGCACCUUUGAAUUGUUCUUGUAAUGAUGGCCUGUAAAUACUGAGAGAGAAUGUGUUGAAUAUAAAUGAUUGUGUUAAAAAGUCUAAAGAAUGUUAUUAUGAAAAGAUAUUAGUUGGAACCUCAGAAUGUUAAUCCAAGGUGUGAGAAGAAGUGGUCAGUGUGGAUGAAUGUGAAAUAUUAAUGAAGCAUGACCGUAUGUAUUUUUUUAAAACAAUUAAUGAUUCCUGGAAGUGUUUGGUAAAACAAUUUGUGGAUGAAAUGAUGGCUGUGAUGUAUUUAACUGUUUCUGUGAAUGAAUGAAUUAUGUAGGAAACAAAAGUUGUAUUAAUAUACUGCGAAUAGAAAAAAA